AUGUUCGAUCCUGUUGUGAAUCGGCAGUUCAAUGGUGCUGCUCCAAGUAUUUCUGAUGGUAGCGGGGUGGUGGAAAUGGUCGUUGUGAGUUUGGUCAAUCGCACUUUGUCCCCAAUGUGUGCUGCUGGAGACCCAGACAGCGGCAGCAAUGACACCAGCCACCGGAGGCCACCAGAGACAAUUGCCAAGACCUUGGCGCUGGCGGCGCAGGAGCGUUCGGUGGACACCACCGCAAGAGUGCGGAAGCAAGAUGACAUCACGGUGGUUGCAGCAUGGGUCCCAACCAAGUGCCAGCCUCAGUGGCGAUGGGACUGGGACCAUGGAACCAUGGGCCCAGACCUUGAAUUCCGUGGGACCGAGAGGUCAGAUCCGGAUGAUCUUGACCUGGACGAGAUCGUUGAAAAUAUGCUGCUGGCAGAGAAAGCUGAGGAGGAGAGGCUCCGUCUCGAAGAGGAGGAGAAACUCCGCAAGGAAGAGGAGGAGAGUCUCCGUCUCGAGGAGGAGAAACUCCGCAAGGAAGAGGAGGAGAGACUCCGUAUCGAAGAGGAGGAGACACUCCGCAAGGAAGAGGAGGAGAUGCCACUGAUGGAUCUUCAAGAGGAGGAUUUCGACGCUGGUGACAAGUCCCCAACCACAUCCAAUGUGUCCUGCGAGUACGGUUUCGCAGAGGGGGAAGCCAAUGAGGAAGAUGCUGAGGGCAUGAACAAAUACCGCAAUCGAAACAACAAGGCUCGUGGAGGCCACAUCCACGCGAAGAAGUCCUCCCGCGACUUUGAGAGGAAGAACAAGACUGAGGUCAGCAGCGCCACGCGGCGCCAAGAAUUUCGGCCAAUGUCCAAUUGCCGUCCAGUUGGACAGAACGCGGCGGCCCGCCCCCAAUAG